GCUUCUCGCACCUCCUUGCUUCACUUGCCAUUCCCAUCGACUUCUCAGAGAAGAGGCCAGGACGCGCACACACGUCGCCUUCCUUCGCUUCAUUGCCGUCCUCAUCAUCAGCAUCAACUAUCCCUCUACACCUCACUCGCUCCACUCUUGCACGUCGCACUCACGACCAGGAGCAAAGGCUCCACGCUCUCCACCAUGAUGACACCAUGCCAGCUUCCCACCCUCUUCCUCCUCCUCUGCACUGCACUCGCCUUCACUCCCGCUCUCGCUCAAGCAGCAGACCCCAUCAUCCAACCCACAACCACCACCGCAGCCCAGAAUGGCAACAAUGGCGGCAAUACCGCCUCCACGACGGGCGUCUCAAUCCCCUCAUCCGCCCCAGCCGGAGGCAUCACGAUAACCCAGCCUGUCCAGACCGCAGAAGCCUCCUACUACAAGAUCGCUCCUGGAGUAGACGUCACCUUUGCAUGGAACUUCACUAGCAUCCUCUCCUACCCUACUUCCCUCACGCUCCAAGCGUACUGCACGAGCAACAAGAACACCUAUCCCAUUGCCACGCUGCCCGGGACUGCCACGCAGGCGAUUUGGAACCCGUAUAGCUACUCAAUGACGGCUGCGGCGAGCAAUCUGCCAGCGCUAGUGCAGGAGACGUAUAGAUUGCAGGUAAUGGAUGAGAGGGGACUCGGCGUGGGAGCAAGCCCCGGGGUGUUCCAGCCGAAUCAGAAGGUGCAAUUUGCGCUUUACAUCCCUCAGGCGUAUACGCCUUUGAGCGCUGGGUGGAUUUGUGCAAGCUGCAAGAGUGGGGCUGGGCUGGGGUACAUGCCGCAACCGCUGGUAGUGGGGCUGGUGGCUACCCUGUUGGCUGUGGGGUUAUCAGGAUGGAACAUCUUGGGUAGGGCACUGUGAGGUGGGUCAUGGACAGUAUCAGCAUCGAAACAGCAGCAGCAGCAGCUCAUCGCAUCAAGCAGAACGAUGGACAGCCAGCCAACCAACUCCUCGAACACUCUGCUACGCCACAGUGACCAACGUAUCGCUGCCCUGUCAUCAAAUUACUCUACCUCACGAUCGUCACCUACGACACAUUAACGGACCUUCUCCUCUCGCAAACCCGCUGCGCGGAUCGCCCUCUCCAAGAUGUCUAUAAUUCUCUUUCUGCUCCCCUCGCUGUCAUCUCCCUCCUCGACUUGUAGCUCCCUCUCCUCAUUAGACGUAACACGAUUUCACUGUCCUCAUGACCUCGCUCCUGCAUCGCUCGCCCAUCGGCACGCCCACUGGCCAAUCAUAGCUUCGCCCCUUUUCCUUCGCCCUGCUCGCUGGUGCUCCUAGCCUGCAUCCUCCUCUUCUCACCU